CAGAGAGUCCACACAGGAGAGAAACCACAUAAAUGCCAGCAGUGUGGGAAAUGUUUUGCUUAUAAGUUUCUUCUUGUGAGACAUCACAGAGCCCACACAGGAGAUAAACCAUACAAAUGCCAGGAGUGUGGGAAAUGUUUUGCUUACAAGUCAGGUCUUGUGAAUCAUGAGAGAGUCCACACAGGAGAAAAACCAUACAAAUGCCAACACUGUGGAAAAUGUUUUACUCAGAAUUCACACCUUUUCAUGCAUCAGAGGAUUCACACAGGAGAGAAACCAUACAAAUGCCAGCAGUGUGAGAAAUGUUUUGCUUGGAAGGCACUCUUUCGGCAUCACCUGAGUGUCCACACAGGAGAUAAACCAUACAAAUGCCAGCAGUGUGGGAAAUGUUUUGCUUAUAAGUCACUUCUUGUGACACAUCAAAGAGCCUGCACAGGAGAUAAACCAUACAAAUGCCAGCAGUGUGGGAAAUGUUUUGCUUACAAGUCAGUUCUUGUGAAUCAUCAGAGAGUCCACACAGGAGAGAAACCAUACAAAUGCCAACACUGUGGAAAAUGUUUUGCUGACAAGUCCCACCUUGUCAUGCAUCAGAGAGUCCACACAGGAGAGAAACCACAUAAAUGCCAGCAGUGUGGAAAAUGUUUUGCUCAGAAGUCACACCUUCAGAAGCAUUUGAUAGUCCACACAUGGGAGAAACCAUACAAAUGCCAAGACUGUGAAAAAUGUUUUGCUGACAAGUCGCAUCUUGUCAAGCAUCAGACAGUCCACCCAGGAGAGAAACCAUACAAAUAACAGCAUUGUGAAAAUCUUUUGCUCAGAAGUCACACCUUUGGAAGCACUCAAUAGUCCACACAGGAGAGAAAUCAUAUCAAUGCCAGCUGUGUGAGAAAUGCUUUUCUCAGCUGUCAAGCUUUCUAGUACACCAGAGAAUCCACACAGGAGAGAAACCAUAUAAAUGCCAGCAGUGUGGGAAAUGUUUUGCUCUGGAUUUAACCCCUUUGAGGAAUCAGAAAGUUUGCACUGAAGAUAAAAUGAACAUGUGAAUUACUUUUUGUUUGGAAAGUUAGUACAUCUGUUUUUUUCCAAAUCAUUUAAAAAUAUCCUGCACUUAUAUGUUCAUUCAAUAAACUUUGGAAUUAUU